AGCUGUUUACUUAUCAGUCCAGCAACGCUGAGGCCACAUCUAGAGGACAACAUGUGACAGAAGCCCUUUAAUCGAUUGAGUCCACUGACCCGGCAUGGGGGACAUGAAAACCCCUGAUUUUGAUGACCUGUUGGCAGCGUUUGACAUUCCUGACAUUGAUGCCAAAGAGGCUAUCCAGUCCGCCCCGGAUGAGGUGGAGGGGCAUCAAGGAGCAGGCGGAGGAUCGCUCAUAAAGGCUGGUGAUGCUUCAGUAGGUGGAAGUUCAGCCUUAAGAUCACCCAGCCCAUCCACGGAUUCUCAGAGCGACCCAUCUAUUGUGAGUGUGAUUGUUAAGAACCGUGUCCGCCCUGAGCCCUUUGAUGGUGGCGACAGCUCUGUACCAGACCCAUUAAACCAUAAUGGAUUUGUGUCAUCCGGUGGGUCAGUACAUAUGUCUCAGUCCCGGGGCCAGCCGAAUGGGGAACAGUGGCCCAUAUGCAGUUCAAAGGUGAUUCCAGAGACUCCAGGAGCGCUUGGAUCUUCCGGCACUUCCAAACCAGGCAGCAACAUCUUCAAUAAGCUGAAGCCCUUGAUGGCACAAGGUGCUGGAGACUCCGUCGGAAGGGCCCGAAAAAUGCAGCUUCUGCAACAGCAACAUAUGCAGCAGGAGAUGAGCCUAGAAGGUGUGGACAAGGCGAAAGCCCCUGCGAUUUCUAGUGGGACAAGUGGAGCAGCAUCUCCUUUCUUUCCCCCACCUAAACCACUUCCUUCCACUCCCUCCACAGCUUCGUCCUCUUCACCGUCAUCGUCCUCUCCAUCGGUUGGUUCCCGUGUUUCUGGGGCCAUGGCAUCGUCUCCGCUGGCUACAUCUCUAACGGAGCCAUUUAACGGAUCACCACGUCUUAGUUCGUCGGCUUUCAGACGUGUAGAUUCAGAUGAGGAGGAUUCGGAUCCUGAUUCCGGAGGAUCUCUGGUCAUCCAUGAGAGUCCAGACUCUCCCACUCCACCGAAACUAUCACGUCGGCUAAGGUCACCUCCAGAAAAUUCACAGUCUCCUUCUCUCCCUCCUUCAACAUCCAUAUCGCCCAGCGCUUACCCCAAACCAGGUGACAUUCCCUUGGCAUCACCUGCUUCACCUCGAGCUCAACAGAACUUGCUUUCAGCACCAGUCCAAACAGGAACCGGAAAGAGUUUACCCCAAGAGGAGCGAAACCCAGAGCAUGUGAUAGAAGAACGAGAUUCGCCAGAGAGCCCUGAGCCAGAGAUGCCCAAGUCCUCCAUGCCAACACCUGCAGUAACCAAAAGAUCAUGUAGCCCAGCGGUUGCCUCUUCAUCACCAUCUGCUUCCCUUCAAGAUCCUAAGGAGGAAGAAGAGGAGAUGGAGGUAGACAAAGGUUCAGCGGAGAAUGGACAAGAUGCGGCUAAUACAGAUGGUAAGGAUGACGGGAAAAGGGAUGGAGAGAAAAUGGAGGUAGAUGCUGCACAAUCCCUUCCAGCAGACGCCGGAUCACCGAGCAGUGGUGGCAAAGCUGUAUCUGGCGGAAAUGCUCCCUCCAGACCUCUUAAAGUCCGUAUCAAGACCAUUAAGACGUCUACAGGAGGUAUCACACGCACGGUUACUCGAGUAGCAGGUAAGGGAGGCACUGCCAAUGCAGACAAAGAUGCAAGUAAAUCCCAAACAGGCAGUCGAGCUGGUCCUGCGAAAGGCGCCAAAAAAAAUGAUGGUCAAGUGGUAAAAUGCUCAACCAUACCAGUAUCCACUCUAGAAGCCAGCAGUGCCAUGAUAGCCGCAGCCAGCAAGGUCCAAAACAAAAUGGCCAUGCAAGCUGAUAAAACGAAAGUCUCUGCCACAGCGGUGAGCAUCACAAAAUCCACCACUUUACCAGUCGCACCAGCCGUCGGUGGGAUAAGCGUGCGCACUAUGGUCGGUAAAGCCACCAAUGGAGGUACCGUGACGUGUAAACCAGCGUCUAUCGUCAACAGCACCGGUGCUGUUAUUUCCCGUAGCCAGUCUAGUCUAGUUGAGGCUUUCAACAAGAUCCUGAACAGCAAGAACCUGCUGCCCAGCUACCGUCCGGAUCUCUCAACCCCGCCACCCCCUGAAUGGGGUCUUCCUAUGCCUGCUACUGGAUACCGCUGCUUGGAGUGCGGAGAUUCUUUUGCUUUGGAGCGCAGCCUGGCGCGACACUACGACCGGCGCUCUUUGAGAAUAGAAGUGACAUGUAAUCACUGCGCAAAGCGGCUGGCUUUCUUCAACAAAUGCAGCCUGCUGUUACAUGCUCGGGAGCACAAGGAACGAGGCCUGGUCAUGCAGUGCUCACAUUUGGUUAUGAGACCAGUUACAGUGGAGCAGAUGAUCGGCCAGCAAGACACUACUCCCAUUGGCAUGCUCUCUCCAUCACUCUCCUCUCCACCUCUGUCAUCCUCCACCACCCAGACAGGGACGACUCCUAUACUGCCCACUUCCAGUCCACUGAAGGACUCUCCUUCUCCAGGCACGGCUUCAACCCAGCCCAGCCCUGCCCGCCGUGGACCCCAGAGUCCCCAGGCUCUGAUGCCACUGCCCUGCAAGAAGGGCGAAGCCCUGCAAUACCACAACUUCAAGUGUCCUGAAUGUCAAGCUCAGUUUUCAAGCAAGGCUGAAUUAGUGACCCAUUUCCAGCAAAUCAGAGCUACUCCUAAUUCGACUUGUAUGCUUUGCUCUCCUCCCAUGAUGCUGCCUAACUGGUGCAGUGUUUCAGCCCAUCAGCGGAUCCAUAAGCACCGCGCACCCCACGUGUGUCCAGAGUGUGGAGGCACUGCUCGUCAGGCCACGUUUCAGACCCAUCUGGAAGAGUCUUGCCUGCACUUCGCCAGGCGCAUCGGCUACAGGUGCUCCAGUUGUCAGGUUGUGUUCGGAGGUUUGAACUCCAUCAAGUCCCACAUUCAAACAGCUCACUGUGAGGUGUUUCAUAAGUGUCCCAAUUGCCCGAUGGCCUUCAAAUCUGCCCAGAGCGCGCAGGGGCACAUCACUUCCCAGCAUCCCGCCCUCACAGCUGCACAGGCUAAGAUGAUCUACAAGUGUGUCAUGUGUGACACAGUGUUCACCCAGAAACCUUUGCUCUACAUGCAUUUUGACACUCACUUGGCCAAACAGAAGGUGCAUGUGUUCAAAUGUCCAGACUGCACUAAACUUUAUGCCCAGAAAGGCUCAAUGAUGGAACACAUCAAGACUGUUCAUAGAGGCCUGUCUGUCAAAGCCGAGGCUCCGCCCACCACCUCAUCUCCGGUCUCAGUUCCUUCCAGCAACUCCAUUUCUAAACCUAAACCCACAGAAAACAAUUCAGAUGAGUUGAGCCAGGGACAGGGAGAGGAGGAUGAGGAGGGGGAAGAAGAGGAGGGAGAGCAUGAAGGGGAAGAGAAAGAUGAAGGAGAAGAGGAGGAGAAUGAGGAAGAAGAUCAGGUGAGCUCUCCAGAAAGCGGGAGUAUGGAGUGGAGGUGCAAAGAGUGCAAGAAACGCUUCGCUGAGAGAGAGGAGUACAUCGAUCAUAUGAAGAACGAACAUGACACGGUACCCACCACCAGCCAUGACCAGCCCUGA